GAGGCGGCUCGGUCGGACGGAGACAGAGAGACGGCGCGGAGGCUGCGGGCUGUCGGGCGUCAUGUCCGGGACGAUGGGCUCUUCCCGGAGGAGUGAGAGCGACUGGCAGGGGCUUGUCAGCGAGUUCCUGGUGUGUAGGCGUAAGCUGGAGAGUAAGAAAGAGGCCCUGCUCAUUCUGUCUAAAGAGCUGGAUACCUGUCAGCAGGAAAGAGACCAGUACAAGCUGAUGGCCAACCAGCUGAGGGAGCGUCACCAGGGACUCAAGAAGAAGUACAGGGAACUCAUUGAUGGUGAUCCCUCUUUGCCGCCAGAGAAACGGAAACAAGUGAACCUGGCUCAGCUGCUGCGAGACUCGAGGGAACGAGCGAAACAGCUCGGCGAGGAGGCGAAGGAGCUGACUCAGAGGCUCACCGAGGCCCAGGGGGACAACAAGCUCCUGAGGAUGACGAUUACUCGACAGAGGCUGGGGGAUGAGGAGAUGGGGGCGCGCCACUUUGCUGCCCAUGAACGCGAGGAUCUGGUUCUCCAGCUAGAGAGAGCUGGGUUACAGAUGGAGGAGAUGGAGCACCACACGAAGGCUCUGACGGACGAGCUGCAGGACGUGAAGGCGGAGCGCAGUGUGUUCAGGGAGAAGGCCGAUCGAAUCAAUGUGGAGCUCAACCACAUCUUGGGCAACCACGAGGCACGCAUCAUCGAUGUGGACGCCCUCUGCAUGGAGAACAAGUAUUUGCAUGAACGUUUCAGCCAACUGCAAGAGGAGGUGAAUCUGCUCAAAUCCAACAUCAUGAAGUACAAGACUGCUCUUGAGAGGAGGAAGAACUCCAGCACAUAUGGGAAAUCAAACAGCAGUCCCCUCAGUGGAGUUCUCUCAGCCAAACAAGUCCAGGAGAUGCUCCUGGAAGAGCACGGCUGCAGCCUGCCAGCCACACCCCAGUCCAUCUCCGACCUCAAGUCCCUGGCCACAGCUCUGCUGGAGACCAUCCAUGAGAAGAAUCUGGUCAUCCAGCACCAGAGGCACACCAACAGGAUCCUUGGGAACAGAGUUGCAGAUCUGGAGAGGAAGCUGAAGACCUUGGAGGUUUCAGGACUGUGGAGCCUUCCAGGGACACGACACAGCAUCGCGCUGAACGACAACCUUCAACCAGAGCUUCAUCCGACACGUGCCACACCUCAGCCAAUCGUGCAGCCGCCCAAAGCUGUGUCAGGCAACAGAAGUUCGGAUGAAUCAUUGUGGGAAUGCCACACCGCUGGCAGCGACCUUGGCACAGAUGGCGUCAGCGGGGACGACACACCUGCACUGCUCAACAGUCUGGAGCAACUAGCGGGGCUGGAAAUGAAUGGGAUCGACAGGAGAGGAGGGGGAGAGAGGGCGGCGCUGAUGGAAGACGGGGAAGAGGGGCGCAGUCCGGUGGAGGAGGCGGGGCGCGAGGUAGAAGGAAUUGAAGAUGAGGAACUUGAGUCUACGGUGGAGGAGGGUGAGGAGGCGGCCUUGGCGCUGGACAUGCCGCCCACUGAAUCAGACGGCCCAUGCCUUCCGAUGGAUCAAGCCUCUGUCGAUAACUCGGACGUGGCUCAUCGGUGCUGUGAACCUCAGGAGUCUAAUAAUGUCCCUGAACAUGUAAAGGCCUGCAUAUCAGCUCCCGAGGACCAGACCACAGAGGUGUCGAGUACAGUGGAGUGGGACAUUGACUGUGGCUCGGAUCAGGGGGACACCAGUCACAGUGACAACUUGGCCUGAUCCUGGAAACACCCGAGACGUCGUUUUACAUCCACGUCCACGUCGUUCUUAUCGAUGAUGGCGUUAAUCAUCCCUCGUUGCAUUCUCACAGCGUUGCCCCUGUUCCACCCGACCGCCCUCUUUUUAUUUCUUUUUUUUUUCAAGUCAAUAAAACACAGAGAAAACACUCUCACUUCUCAGCCUGCGUCGACAGAGCCGGAGGUGCAGUCGUAUCUAGACAGGCUUGUUACUGCGCAGCAACAGACAAUCUUGAAAUCAAUGGAGUUGCAAACUUCAUGCCCUACAGGAAGCGGGGAGCUCGGAAAAUAACAAACAUGGCAGCCUCAGCUCUCGGGCUCCAUAUUCCCUCCUGCCCCCCCCUGUGAUUAGAUAAUCCCAAUUGUUUGCUUUCCUCCUCUUCCUAGGGGAUGCAAAUCAACACUCCGUCCCACCGCUGCUCUCAUGGGGGGGAGGGCGGGGGGUUCCAAAUGAUCUCACCAGAACUUUUGCCUGAAUGUCUUGUAGAUAUGUGUGAAUUAAUAAUGUUAACGUAAGAGAUUCUACUGGUGUCUAUUCAUCUGUAUGGGCGAAUCUCACCAAUCAUCGUUUGUAUUUUCCCCUCAUUUAGAAGUUAAUAUUCGGAUGAGACUACAUGUGCCUUAUACAGAAUGUGGAAAUAUGAACUGAUAUUUAUUUAAUAAAAAAUGUAGAAAAUUC